UAUAGGGGCGUGCACACUCCACAGGGACACGCGCUCUGGGGCACAGCAACUCGCUCCAAGUUCCCUCCCUCGCGCUCCGCGAAGCCCGCCUGAGCCCUCCCACUCGGUGCAGACCGAACCAGCGCGGCCGCAGCCAGCCGGGCCCUCCACGGCCUUGAGUCCCCAGCCCCCUUGGCUUACCGGGUCAGCUCUUCUAUCCGUGGCCCCGCCGAGGCGGCGCGAGGACUAGGCGCCCCCUGCGGCCCGCGCUCGGCCCUCCGGCGGCGCCAGCGGCCCGGACCCCCUUCCUGGCGGGCCCGACCUUCCUCCCUGCCGUCCCCGCAGCUUGGAGCCCGGCUGGGGCCGCACCGCCCGGGGCCAGGGAGCGCGGCCGAGAAAUCCCCAGUUGGACAACAAGAGAACCUACCCUGUUCUUUCUGCAUCUUGAAUUGAACGUUACCGGGACUCUUGGAGGUCUGAGAAGGAAAUAAAAGAUAUUCCAUGCCGCGGAGACUAGCUGGAUGUAGAACAGACUCCCUGUGACACCUGCCUCCCGUCCAUAAAAUACUCAUCCCUCUCUCAACUCUGCCUGCAGUUGAGCACAAAGACCUGGAGGAGACUCCCACAUCCUUCAGGGAGAAGAAAGGAGGCAGCUAAGCAGAUUAAAGGAACUUGUGGCUUGUGGCCUUUCGGAAAGGGGGAAAGUGAAUCAGAGGCCCGGUGGCAGUUAAUGAGCUGUGAGAUGAGGCGCCGCUGCUGCUGCUGCUGCUGACACCCAGAUUCCAGGCUCCGUCCGCUGCCCUUUGUGCUUCGUGUACAUGUGUCUAUUCAGCGUAUCCGGAGGCGCCCAGACCAGAAUCCAACACGGCUGCCGGGGAGAGACCACCCACCAUGCCCACGGAGACCCUACAGACAGGUAGCAUGGUGAAGCCGGUCAGCCCCGCGGGCACCUUCACCUCGGCGGUCCCCCUGCGCAUUCUCAACAAAGGGCCCGACUACUUUCGCAGGCAGGCCGAGCCCAACCCCAAAAGACUCAGCGCCGUGGAAAGGCUGGAAGCGGACAAGGCCAAGUAUGUCAAGAGUCAGGAGGUCAUCAACGCCAAGCAGGAGCCGGUGAAGCCGGCCGUGCUGGCCAAGCCCCCGGUGUGCCCCGCCGCCAAGCGCGCCCUGGGCAGCCCGACGCUCCGGGUGUUCGGCAGCCACGCCAAGACCGAGAGUGGCGUGCAGAGGGAGAACCUGAAGCUCGAGAUCCUGAAAAACAUCAUCAACAGCUCCGAAGGCUCCAGCUCGGGCUCGGGGCACAAGCACAGCUCCCGGAACUGGCCGCCUCACCGGCCAGACUCCACCGACCUGCACCGGCACUCCUUUGCCGAGUCCCUGAAGGUGUACCCCACGCAGGGCCGCGGCAGCCCGCAGGAGGGCGGCUCCCACGUGGGCAGGAGGCUGCUGGAGCAGUCGGCCGAGUCCUUCCUCCACGUCUCCCACAGCUCCUCGGACAUCCGCAAAGUGACCAGUGUGAAGCCCCUAAAAGCGAUCCCCUGCAGUAGCUCCGCCCCUCCCCUGCCUCCCAAACCCAAGGUCGCGGCCAUGGCCACCGUGAAGUCCCCGGAAGCCGAACCGGUGGAACCGGCCUGCGGCGUCAGCCGAAGACCCUCGCUCCAGCGGUCUAAGUCGGACUUGAGUGACAGGUAUUUCCGCGUGGACGCGGACGUGGAGAGGUUCUUCAACUACUGCGGACUGGACCCUGAAGAGCUGGAAAACCUUGGAAUGGAAAACUUUGCAAGGGCUAAUUCCGACAUCAUAUCCCUCAACUUCCGCAGCGCAAGCAUGAUCAGCUCAGACUGCGAACAGUCUCAGGACAGUAACAGUGACCUUAGAAAUGAUGACAGUGCCAAUGACCGAGUGCCAUAUGGCAUUUCUGCCAUCGAAAGAAAUGCUAGGAUCAUCAAGUGGUUAUAUAGCAUCAAACAAGCUAGAGAGUCACAGAAGGUCUCCCACGUGUAAGACCAAGUGCGUGCAGAGGAGGGAGGGGUGGGUCUCUGUCUGUGCAUCCGCAGUCGUGAAGGUUGUGAGGUCUCCUUGAAGUGUUGUGAGCUUCUCCACUCUCUUUGUGUUGCUCGUUGUGCAAUGUUUCCAAGUUGCAUGCCUGUCAACAUGGGGACUGACCUGGCUUCCACGUCAACCAUCGCUGCAGAGCCUGGCUGAACACAACGUCAUCUGCCAAGAGUUUCAGGCCAGAAUCCGGUUAGGGCUUCAAUCUUAAGCAAAACUGUUUACACAAAAAAUGGUAUACAACUUCUUCGAUAUUUAUGUGGUUCUUGUGUUUUUAUAUCCCGCGCUCUUGUGUCUUAAUUAAAGGUUUUAUCAACUGGCUUUUAA